CCGCUUACAAAAUUUGUAAUACUUUAAGCACACGAAUAAUUUCUUCAUUUGUACGGUAUAUGCGAUUAACGCCAUGAACAAUACGUUUUCCUUAGAUCGUGUGUACGGCGAGAUGAGCUGCUACAGUUUGAUGCAGGUGGACUUUAAGCAACGUUGUCGUUUAUCUAAGCAAAUUAAUAACUGCAAGCAUAUUACUCAUUUUUUCGAUUAUUUCCGGUUGAUGUAUUGCAAUAUUAAUGUUCAAACCAAAACUAAAGAAAUAGGUAUUGUGUGCAUAUUCAUAAUGAUUGCAAUUGUUCUAAUGUUGACACUCGUGCAUAUAUUGAGUAAAUAUUUUGGAGCCGUGUUGAAAAUUAUGUCGGUCAAGCUUCAUAUGAAUGAAUAUGUAGCAGGCGCUACUCUGUUGUCCUUCGGCAAUGCCAUUCCGGAUCUGGCGGUCAAUUUAAUGCCGGUUCGUGAAGAGGCACCAUUAUUUACAAUAUCUAUAAGCAAUGCUCUAGCUGUUAUUCUGCUCAGUGGGGGCAUGGUGUGCUUCCUCAGACCUUUCAAAAUAAAUGGGCAUUUUGCUGUGCGUGAUCUUCUAUUUCUGCUGUUAGCCUGCGAGGUCCUGUCCUAUAUAGUUAUUUCAGGCAAACGGACAACUCGAAUAGAGGCCAUAGUGCUUAUUUUAUUGUAUAUUUUUUACUUUGUUGUUAUUAUUGUGGAUCUAAAGCUGACGCGUCUAACCAUAAAAUCGCUCAAGAAACAGAUUAAUGAGCUUCAAAAAAAUACAUUUACACCUUAUCGAACUCGACAACUACACGAGAAGCAACUUCAGUUGCAAAAACUAGAAAAUGACAAUAUAUUGCUUAUACACAGCCACACGGUAAGUGUCGAUUUAUACAACAUGCAGCGCAGAGCUGCGUCGGAUUUCAAGAUCAAAGAUCAAAGCAAGGGAUUGAAUAGUACAUCAGGAAUGAAGCCAGUAACUCAUGUGCUUAACAUUGAGGAAACUCGAAACAUAUUACAUAGUCCAAGUAACCCAAGAAAUCUAUUCUUAUGCAGUGAGUUUUGGGAAACGCUAGUACCGAUCGAUAUUCAGGAUUGGAAGUUCGCCGGCUGGUGCAAACGCCUCUAUCUCAUUCUCAUAUCACCCAUUGUGCUAUUUUGCAACAUUUUCAUACCUAUCAUUGACUACCAACAGCCCAAGCAUGGUUGGAGCAAGCUUCUAAAUUGCAUGCAAAUUAUUAUUACUCCCAUUCUGCUGGUCACCUUGACAGAAGCAUUGAUUACCAUGAACAUACGAGAUUGGCAUGUGACAUUAAGCAUUAAGCAUGCAUCGUGGUCCAUGUUUCUUACUGUACCCCUGGCCAUCAUCGUGUUGUUCCAGACUCGCACGGAUCAGCCACCACGGUAUCAUCUGCUCUUCCUCACACUUACUGCCGUGACCUCUCUGCUCAUUGUAACAACUUGUGCCAUUGAGCUUGAGGUACUUUGCUGUAUUGUUGGAUUGGUCUUAAAUUUGACCGAGAAUUUCGUUGCUAGCAGCGUGCGAUCCUCUGCCGCGGCAAUUGCUGAUUUAAUUAUGAACGUGGAAGUGGCCAUGCAGGGCUAUGAAAGAAUGGCGUUUGCUGCUGUGCUGGCCGGACCACUCUUCAAUUUUUGCAGGCACAACGGUCUGCAUAGGCAUUCCCUGCUAUUUCAAUAAAUUUGCGCAGCUCAAGGGCUCGUCGUACUGGAUUUAUGGCAGGCAUGGUACGAAUUCUUACAUUUUCUUUGCGC